AUCACUAUUAAGCAUUAUAGAUGGUGAAGCUUUUGAUGAACGCACUAGAAACUUCAAACAGGCCAAGAGUGAAGCUGAAUCAAGCAAAAAACUUGUGGACACUUACUUCGAUUUGGCGCAGCAUUUCGUCCGCUCAAUAGGUUUUGUGAAGCGAUAUUUGGAUUCAAUUUCAUGGACCUUUCCAAUGGGAACGCUAGUCCAAAAAGGACAUAUGAAGUUGUUGUUGCUGCAACUCGAACAUUGGGCAUUAGUAAAGAUGGGAAUUUACCAUGGAAUUUACCUACUGAUGCAAAAUUCUACGAUGAUGUGACCACCGCAACUGCGGAUUCUUCAAAAAUGAAUGCAGUUAUAAUGGGUAGGAAGUCAUGGGAAACAGUUCCUGUUAAAGAUCGACCACAAUUUGGUCGUUUGAAUGUUGUGUUAACUCGUUCUGAGAGUUUUGACACUGGAAUCAGUAGUACUGAGAAUGUUAUAAUCUGCGGUAGCUUGGUUUCGGCUUUGGAAUUGUUAGCGACAUCUCCUUAUUGCUUGUCAAUUGAAAAGGUGUUUGUUAUAGGAGGUGGCGAGAUUUUAAAGGAUGAACUGAAUGCACCCAGUUGUGAUGCUGUCCACAUAACUGAAAUUGAUGCUGACAUUGACUGCGACGUCUUCAUUCCUCCGGUUGAUUUGUCACAAUUUCAACCUUGGUAUUCAUCUUCUCCAAUUGUAGAAAAUAACAUGAGGUAUACUUUUGUGACAUACGUCCGUGUCAAGACAUCUGCAGUGGAGUCUAAUGCUGUAAACAAUAAGGUGGAUGUUGAAAGUAAACUUGAUUCUGAAAACUUGUCAUUUCUACCCAAAAUGAUUUUUGAAAGACACGAGGAGCUCUUGUACCUCCGUUUGGUUAAAGAUAUCAUUUCACAUCAUGGUACCCCAAAAGAAGACAGGACUGGGACUGGAACACUGUCGAAGUUUGGUUGCCAGAUGCGAUUUAAUCUGCGGAAAACUUUCCCACUUCUGACGACUAAGAGAAUAUUUUGGCGAGGCGUUGUUGAAGAACUUUUGUGGUUCAUCAGCGGUUCAACAAAUGCAAAGAAAUUACAGGAAAAGGGGAUUCGCAUUUGGGAUGGGAAUGCAACCAGAGAUUACCUCGACAGUUUUGGAUUACAAGAGAGGGAAGAGGGUGAUUUAGGACCCGUAUAUGGGUUCCAAUGGAGACACUUUGGUGCAAAGUACACUAACAUGCAUGCUGACUACACUGGGCAAGGUUUUGAUCAGUUGUUAGAUGUGAUUAAGAAGAUAAAGACUAAGCCUGAUGAUAGGAGGAUUAUUUUGUCGGCUUGGAAUCCAUCGGAUCUCAAAUUAAUGGCACUUCCACCAUGCCACAUGUUUGCACAGUUCUAUGUAGCUAAUGGAGAGCUAUCCUGCCAAAUGUAUCAACGUUCUGCCGACAUGGGUCUUGGUGUGCCAUUCAAUAUUGCUUCUUAUGCUCUCUUGACAUGCAUAAUUGCUCAUGUUUGCGAUCUUGUUCCUGGUGAUUUCAUUCAUGUGAUUGGGGAUGCUCAUAUUUACAAUAAUCACAUCAAACCUCUACAACUUCAGCUUCAGAAACUUCCUAAACCCUUCCCAGUAUUAAAGAUCAAUCCACAGAAGAAGGAUAUAGAUUCCAUUGUGUUGUCUGAUCUCAAGCUUUCGGGUUAUGAUCCACAUGAGAGAACAGAAAUGAAAAUGGCAAUUUAGUAUUCUGUAUUCUUUGAAUGAUUCAAUAUGGCAAAUCUAAAUUGAAAGAAAUUAUGACUCAAUACUUUAUUAAGAUGAAAUAAUAAGCUGAAUCUCUUUAGCCUCA